AUGUCGGUGGAGAGCCAGAACCGUGACCUUGGUCAGGAGAAGUGGAGGCUUAAGCUAUGGGCGGCGGCCCGGCAGAGGCUGGAGCCCUGUGAUGAUGACUAUGAAGAUGAUGAUGAUGAUGCUAUGUUAACGGGCGAUGGCGCAGAUGCUCUGAGAGCAGAGAGGCAGUUUCUUUCUCCAAGCCUCACCCUCACUCUCACCAAUCAGAGUCCACUCUUCAGUUGUCGUCCCGCCGCUCUGGAGCGGGUUGAGUGGACACAGAACCAGUCAGCAGUCAGAGCCGUGUUUCCUCAGUGUGGACCUGACAAACAGCAGUCCAAGACAGAACUGUGGGCUGCCAUGGCACAAUCCACAAGAGACUCGAUCAAAGACAUUCUGAGAACAACGCUGGACAAUCUCGGCCAGAAGAAGUUGAAUCGUUUCAAGAGAUUGUUACACGAAUAUAGUCAACAAAUGAAAUCCGGGGCACAUGUAAUCCCCUGGGGCAAGCUUGAGAACACUGAUGAAUUUGAAACAGUAAAUUUAAUAGUUCAAGUAUACACAGAGGCGUGUUCAGGAAGGGUAGUUGUUAACGUCUUAAAAAAGAUGAAACUGAACCAGAUGGCUGAAGAUUUGGAGAAGGAACUAAAUACAGAGACUCCUGUAUCUGCCAGCCCAGAAAUGUACAGGCCUAGAAAACUAAUGCCUGAUGAAUUGGAGAAGCCAAAUGCCGAGACUUCUGUAUCUUCCAGCACAGAAACAUGCAGGCCUAGAAUCCAGACGGAUACAGAGUUGGAGAAUAAACUAAAUGAAGACUCUGCGGCAUCUUCGCACCCAGAUACAUAUAGACCCAGCAGAAUGAACCAGAUGGCUUUGGACUCAGGUAGGAAUCAGCAUGCCCAGAUUAAUGCACACUCGAUAUGACUUCAGCCAAGGGGCCCCCACCUA